CAGUAUAUGUCAAUCAAUUUAAAUGUUUAGUCCAUUUAUUAUUACAUUAUUUGAUAUAAUAUUUAUAAAACUAAUUGACAUAACAUUGCAAUCAUAUGUCUGAUUAUAAUCACAACAAUAACAACAUAACCAUUGAUGAGAUAAUAUCAUAAGUUAUUUGAAGACAUGAUUAAAGCAAUCCUUGUGUUCAACAACUAUGGAAAGCCGAGACUCUCUAAGUUUUAUCACUACUAUCCCGAAGACAUGCAGCAACAGAUCAUUCGCGAGACAUUUCAAUUGGUGUCCAAACGGGACGAAAAUGUCUGUAAUUUUCUUGAAGGCGGAAGUUUAAUCGGUGGAUCAGAUUAUAAACUAAUUUAUAGACAUUACGCCACUCUUUACUUUGUCUUUUGUGUGGAUUCGUCAGAAAGCGAGUUAGGAAUACUUGAUUUGAUUCAGGUAUUUGUCGAGACUUUGGACAAGUGUUUUGAAAAUGUGUGUGAAUUGGAUCUCAUUUUCCACGUCGACAAGGUUCAUCAUAUACUUAACGAACUGGUUAUGGGAGGAAUGGUAUUGGAGACCAAUAUGGCUGAAAUCACACAAAGAAUUGAAGAGCAAAAUAAAUUAGAGAAACAAGAAGCCGGCAUCAGUGCCGCUCCCGCGAGAGCCGUGUCUGCCAUGAAGUCAAUGAAUUUGCCGCAACAGAUCAAAGACAUGAAACUACCGGAUCUGCCAAAUAUCAGUUCACUUAAGUUUUGAUUCAUGAUUACCACAUGUUUUUUUAAAGACUAUUUAUUAUUUGAUUAUUAUUAUUGUCAUUGCAAUCAAACAGUUUGUAAUUAAUUUGUGUUUAAAUCAUAAAUCAAAUGUCAAU